UUCAGUCUGGUUCUCCCAUGUGAGAUGGCUCCGGAGUUUGGUCCUUUACCCGAAGGGCCGCUCUUAAAGCUGCUGCCCUCAGACUCUAAAGACCGGGGCACCCAGCGCUGCCGCCUGGGCCCGGCCGCCCUCCGCGCCUUGGGCGCGCACUUGGGCUCGGCGGUGAAGAUCUCGCUGCCCGACGGCGGCUCCUGCCUCUGCACUGCGUGGCCUCGGCGGGACGGAGCGGACGGCUUUGUGCAGCUGGACCCGCAGUGCGUGACCCCGGAGGCGACGGUGGGGUUCCGGGGGAGUCUCAGCCUCAGCCGCCUCCUCGUGGUGCCCUGUCCGCCUCUGCGGCGCCUUACCGUAUGGCCGGUGUUGCGAGAGCCGGCAGGCGCGCCCGGUGCUCCGAAUCCCGCAGCGGUGCUGGAGGCGGCGCAGGAGCUGCUGAGGAACCGACCGGUCUCCCUGGGCCACGUGGUGACCGCUCCGCCGGGCGCCCCCGGCCCGGUGGCUGCCUUGCGCAUCGUCGGCGGGACGCCCAGCCCCGAGGUUGCGGGGCUGGUCACCCCUCGCACCCGCAUCGGUUUCAGCGUGGAGCCUCCGUCGGAAGCAGAGUCGCAGUCCGAGGUGCUCCUGGGGGGUCUUUCCGAGGCGGCCGACUCGCUGCGGGAGCUUCUCCGCCUGCCGCUCCGCUACCCUCGCGCCCUGGCUGCGCUGGGGUUGGCGGUGCCCCGCGGGGUGCUCCUGGUGGGCCCCCCGGGAGUAGGCAAGACUCAGCUGGUGCGGACGGUGGCCAGGGAGGCGGGCGCGGAGCUGCUGGCAGUUGGCGGCCCCGCGCUGCAGGGCACUCGCCCGGGGGAGACCGAGGAGAACGUGCGGCGGGUCUUCCAGCGCGCCCAGGAGCUGGCUAGCCGCGGGCCCAGCCUCCUCUUUCUGGACGAGUUGGAUGCCUUGUGUCCUCGGCGGGGCUCUGCACACCGAGCACCCGAGAGCCGCACGGUGGCUCAGAUGUUGACACUGCUGGACGGCAUCAAUGGGGACCGCGAGGUGGUGGUUGUCGGAGCCACCAACCGGCCAGACGCGUUAGACCCAGCACUGCGCAGACCCGGGAGAUUUGAUCGAGAGAUUGUCAUUGGAACUCCCACAGUUGAACAAAGAAAGGCGAUUCUGCAAGUGGUUACCUCAAAGAUGCCCAUCUCCAGUCGUGUUGAUUUGGGCCUUCUUGCAGAAAUGACAAUUGGCUAUGUUGGCGCAGACCUGACAGCACUCUGUAGGGAGGCUGCCAUGCAUGCUCUUCUUCAUAGUGAGAAGAUCCAGGAAAAGCCUAUUAUUGAUGAAACAGACUUUCUUGAAGCUUUUAAAAAGAUUCAACCCUCAUCGUUUCGAAGUGUCAUCGGACUGAUGGACAUCAAGCCUAUUGACUGGGAGGAGAUUGGUGGUCUUGAAGAUGUAAAACUGAAGUUAAAACAGAGCAUCGAGUGGCCUCUGAAAUUCCCUUGGGAAUUUGUUAGAAUGGGCCUGACACAGCCAAAAGGCGUUCUCCUCUAUGGGCCUCCUGGAUGUGCUAAAACCACCUUGGUGAGGGCCCUGGCAACAAGCUGUCGUUGCUCUUUUGUUUCAGUGAGUGGAGCUGAUCUCUUUUCACCUUUUGUUGGAGAUUCAGAAAAAGCCUUAUCUCAGGUAUUUCGACAAGCAAGAGCAAAUACUCCAGCAAUUGUGUUUUUGGAUGAAAUUGAUUCAAUCUUGGGAGCUCGUUCAAUCAGCAAAACAGGAUGUGAUGUACAAGAACGAGUUAUUUCUGUUCUCCUGAAUGAAUUAGAUGGUGUUGGACUUAAAACAAUAGAGAGAAGAGGAAGUAAAUCAACUCAACAGGACUUUCGAGAAGUUUUUAACCGAAGUGUCAUGAUUGUUGCUGCAACAAAUAGACCUGAUACGUUAGAUGAUGCCUUGUUACGACCUGGAAGAUUAGAUAAGGUUAUCUAUAUUCCACCUCCAGAUAUAAAGGGCAGGCUUUCUAUUUUAAAAGUCUGUACAAAAACCAUGCCAGUAGGGCCUGAUGUCUCCUUAGAGAAGCUAGCAGCAGAAACCUGUUUUUUUUCUGGAGCUGAUCUUAGAAACCUCUGUAAAGAAGCUGCUUUGCUGGCUCUGCAAGAAAACGGACUAGAAGCAACCACAGUGGAAGAAGAGCACUUCCUAAAAUCACUUGAGACUAUAAAACCAUCCUUAAGUCAGAAGGACUUGACUUUAUAUGAAAAUUUGUUUAAGAAAGGAUUUUCUAACUUAGAAGAUAUUUAAAAAUUACUUUACUCUCUUGUUCAGUUGUUCACAUUAUUUGAAAUGUGAACUUGCCUGCAGUUUGCAACUUCACAGUUUUAGAAGUUGUGUAUAUUUCCUGUAAAUAAAAAAACUUGUGCCUGAUAAUAUAAGGCUCAUCUUAUUUCUAAAGAGAUAUAUUAAAUAAAAUACUGUAAUUCAGGAA